AUGGCUGAAACCAACCAGACCAAGCCGACUGUCCCGAUUGCGCGCUCAACCAAGCCUGUGAGCGAGGCUCUCCUCAAUGAGAAGUGGGACCACGCCAUUUCCUCUUUGAUCGUUCGCUCUUCCAUCGGCCUCGGAUUCGGUGUCGUUCUGUCAGUCCUCCUCUUCAAGCGGAGAGCCUGGCCUGCCUGGGUCGGUCUCGGUUUUGGCGCUGGUCGCGCAUAUGAAGAAGCCGAUUCCGCCUUCCGACAUGGAGAUAGCCCCAUCGCCAAUGCUGUGCGUCAAUCCAGGUCGUGA